AUGAGCACUCCUCAGCUUGACGAACUCCAAUGGAAAUCACCGGAAUGGAUCCAAUCGUUUGGGCUCAGAACUGACAAUGUUCUCGACUAUUUCGCAGAAUCGCCCUUCUUCGACCGUUCGUCCAACAACCAGGUUGCCAAAAUGCAGCACCAAUUUGCACAACCACGCCCCGAGGGCUCAGCUCGCGAGGCCAACAACCUAGACCCGGACCCCCACCGUCAGCGCAUUUUAUCGACCUAUAUGGUGCAUGCACUCUGGGAUGCAGAAUUACGCAAACUAAAGGGCGUUGAAUACGUUCUGGCAUACGUGCGAGAGCCCGAUUUCUGGAUCAUUCGCAAGCAACUUCGAAGCACACCUACAACGGCUACUCCUCUGCAAGACUACUUCAUAAUUGGUGCCAACGUGUAUCAAUCACCAUCAGUUUUCAAGAUCCUACAAAGCAGACUUUUGUCCGCAAACUUCCACCUGUCACACGCAUUAUCUAAUGUAAGACGUCUGAGUCAGUUUGAGCCUUCGCAAGGUGGCAGAUUCGUCAAUGUCGCUAAUCAAUCGUCCUCUACCGUUUCCCAUCCGCACAACACUGUUCCAAGUUCCACUAGCGGUCCGAACUCCGCAGCUAACACGGGCCCAGCUACAACAAGUGUACAAUCUGUGCUCACCCAUUCCACCACGGUCAAUGACGCUCUCAUGGACAAACUACUGGGCACCAGCAUGAAGUCUACUCCUGUAUACCUUUAG